AUGUCCUCCUAUAAAUAUGUAUAUGUCCCUUCGUGACACCUAACCAAUAGACACGACAGUGAACGCAACGGGAGAACAAGAGAUGCAGUCGUACCAGAACGUCGUCGUAAUGAGGCACGGCGAUCGGAUAGACAACUUCGAGCCGCUGUGGGCGGCGACGGCGGCCAGGCCGUGGGACCCGCCCCUGGCGGAGGCGGGCAAGGUCCGGGCCUUCUGCACGGGCCUGAAGUUCCGGACCCAAUUGGGCUUCCCGAUCCACCGGGUCUUCGUCUCGCCUUUCCUCCGGUGCCUCCAGACCGCCGCCGAGGUCGUCUCCGCCCUCUGCGCCGUCGACGACGUCGUCGUCGAUCCCGACCGCAUGACUUCCGACGGGGUCCAAAUCGAUCCUUCCAAACUCAAGGUCUCUAUUGAGUAUGGACUAUGCGAGAUGUUGAACAGGGAAGCCAUAAGACCUAAUGUGGCUCCUAAAGAUGGUGAUUUUGGUUUCAAUAUCUCAGAGCUUGAAGCUCUGUUGCCUGCUGGGACAGUGGAUCACUCUGUGGAAAAAGUGUAUCCAGAGUUGCCACGGUGGGAAGAGACAGUAAUGGGUGCAAGGGAUAGAUACGCACAGAUUAUUAAGGCUCUGGCAGAUAAAUACCCUUCAGAAAAUAUUUUGCUUGUCUCGCACGGGGAAGGAGUUGGUGUUGCAUUUUCUGCAUUUUUGAAGGACGUAUUAGUAUACGAAGUAGAAUAUUGUGCAUAUGCGCACUCAAGAAGACUCGUCUCCUUUGGUGAUGACAAGUCAUUUACUGUCGGGGACUUUGGGCUUAUACCAAAGGGUCAAACCGGUAUCAGAUACGCUCCCUCGAGCACCAUGGCCAAUGAUCCUUCGGCUCAGGCAGAUUUUAUGUGAACAAUCCCUUCAUGCAUUACCGGCAAAUCUGCCUGCACAUCAGAAUUCCUUUUGUGAUCAUAUCCUGAUUCUCCCCUGAAAUUUCCUUCUUGCUUUUUUUGUUUUCCUUUCAGGCUGGUAAUUGAAAUUGUCGGAAGGUUUAUCCUGCUCUCAAAAUAAAUCCGAUGUGCUUUGACUUGACACUAAAGAAAAUUGCAGUUACCUCUGAAAUUUUCUUCCCGUUUGCAUUUGUAACUGUCACGUGCCUUUGGAAUGACGAAAUAUCUUUUCCGUA